CAAUCACAGUUCACAUAAUCGCUUUUCUUGCCAGCUUAGAAUAAUAUUAUUAAAACAAGAGAGCGAGGUCCUUCUUCGGGAGUGCGUUAUGCUGAAACGACAUAGAAGAGGUGGCGAGAGACUCGCGCAGGAGGAACAACUUUCUCUCGUGUGCUUUAGAUGGAUAUACGGUGUAUUAUGCUUGCUUGAACGGAUCUAAAGUUUUGUGCCUCUCUACGCCCGGAGUGGGAUUUGAUUUCGACUACUCAAGAAGUCGUUCUAAAUUUCUGUCUCCCAGGGGUUUACUUAAAAUCUGUUGAAGAACUGUCACCGUCAUCGUCAAAACAGACACAAGUACAAAAAGUGAACGUUUAUUCGUGACAAACCAUGUCUAUGCUUCCAACAUUCGGCUUUACGCAAGAGCAAGUGGCGUGCGUCUGCGAGGUCCUCCAGCAGGGAGGAAACAUUGAACGUCUCGGGCGCUUCUUGUGGUCUCUGCCGGCUUGUGAACAUCUCCACAAGAACGAGAGUGUGCUCAAAGCAAAAGCUGUGGUCGCUUUUCAUCGGGGAAAUUUCAGAGAGCUUUAUAAGAUUCUGGAGAGCCACCAGUUCUCUCCGCACAACCAUCCGAAGUUGCAGCAGCUGUGGCUCAAAGCGCAUUAUAUCGAGGCUGAGAAGCUCCGGGGCCGCCCUCUUGGGGCUGUUGGGAAGUACCGCGUCCGAAGAAAGUUUCCGCUACCCCGCUCCAUUUGGGACGGCGAGGAGACAAGUUACUGCUUUAAAGAAAAGAGCAGAAGCGUGCUGCGGGAAUGGUACACCCAUAACCCAUACCCUUCCCCGCGGGAGAAGAGGGAACUAGCAGAGGCAACGGGGCUAACAACAACACAAGUCAGUAACUGGUUUAAAAACAGACGUCAACGCGACCGAGCGGCGGAAGCUAAGGAAAGGGAGAAUAAUGAGAACUCGAACACAAACAGUCACAACCCAUUAACGUCUUCCAUGAAUGGAAAUAAGACUAUUUUAGGAAGCUCGGACGACGACAAAACGCCGUCUGGUACCCCAGAUCACACCUCGUCAAGCCCGGCCUUGCUGCUCACGUCAAACUCCGGGCUUCAGUCCCUUCACGGCCUCGCACCUCCACCCGGUCCCAGCGCCAUCCCAGUGCCUAGUGCAGAUUCCGUGCAUCACCACCAUUCAUUACACGACACUAUACUGAACCCUAUGUCAUCAAACUUGGUCGACCUUGGCUCUUAAACAUGUGGACCCUUUCCAAAGGACGCUUGUACAUGAACGUUUAGAGUAAAACAUCUCCAGACACUUAUAAAACAAAAACAAAUGAGACAUGGAACAGACAAAGAGAGUUGUGGAUGUUUGUCGGCUGACCUACUCGCAAAGCUGAUAUGGAGGGCCUUGAUAGAGGUAUUUUUCUAGAAUGUAAUGCCAUGACCUAUUGUUAAUAAACAUGCUAAUAAACGUCUUAAUUGUUGAUAUCAACAUUAUUUGAUAUCGUUAUUAUUUUAGAUUGCAAUUGACCCAGGACUUUUCAGUCGCAUAUUCCGUUUGUUUACAUUUAAUCUUUAAAAAAGGCCAUACAUCGUUUGAUUUUUAAUGGGGUUUCGUUUAAUGCAAUGUUUUAAUAUCAACCCAGCAUUUUUUGAAGGACUAUGGGGCAUCUCUUCAUUUUCAUUUGUAUUUUACUUUUGGAAAGCGACUGCAUGUAACCGUUGGGAUCAAUAAACAAUAAACUCCAAUCUCAUCAUAGUUUCAUAUACCCUUAACAAUAAAAUAAGAUGCAUAUACUGAGCAAAGAAAAUGUUUGAAUGGUUUUGUUGUGCAUGCUAUGCAAUGGUUUGCUGAGCAGGUGUCCUGAUUUGAUCGUAGGAGACCCUGUUUACUAAAAUAACAUGCAUCUGGUCACGUGGUCGAACAAAAAAAUAGUUUCACAUUGCAGUGAACAUGUGAUCUUUGAUUUAAUCAAAAAUUAAGCGUUUAGA